AUGGUUGUAUUCGAUCGCGAAGGCAACUUCCUUGCGUCGUGGGGAGAGGAUAUCCUCAAGGACUCGCACGGCAUUUUCAUUGAUGCUGAAGAUAAUAUCUAUUGUGUCGAGCGAGAGGUGCAUGUCAUGCACAAAUUCACCCCUGACGGAGAGCUCCUGAUGACGUUGGGAACUCCCGAUCAGCCCGGUGCGGAAGGUGAACCUUUCAAUUUACCGACAGAUCUUGCGCUCGGUCCCGACGGCGAAAUGUUCAUCAGCGAUGGGUACGGAAACGCACGGAUGCACAAAUACUCCCCCGAUGGCGAGUACAUUAUGUCUUGGGGAUCACCGGGGACGGGUCCGGGCGAAUUCGAUCUGCCGCAUUGCGUCCGGGUAGAUCGGCACAACCGUGUAAUGGUUGCAGAUCGGAACAACAACCGCAUCCAGUUUUUCACGCUUGAUGGCGAAUAUAUCGAGGAGUGGGGCGGAUUCCUAGAGCCAGACACCAUCUUUAUUGAUGACGACGAUAUUGUUUACGUUGCGGAGUUGGCGCAGCGCGUCACAAUUCUGACGCUUGAUGGUGAGAUCAUUGCCCAAUGGGGCAGCGAACGCGGCAGCACCGUUCCCGGCGAGUUCUUCGCCUGUCCACACGGUAUCUGGGUGGAUUCGCACGGCGAUCUCUAUGUCAGCGAAGUGCAGGUCGAUCAUCGCUUGCAGAAGUUUGUCCGACAAAAGUAG